AUCGGUCAGCCAGCAACAGCAAGCAGAAGAGACGAUCGACGCGCAUGCGCAAAAAAAAAACAAACCAGAUGAUAUAAAUUACAGGAAAAAAAAAGCCGUGGGAGUCGCAACACGAGUAGCGUGACUGUAAAAGUAAAAAACAAAAAACCAAAAAGAAAAAGAUGCCAAAACUGGACGCAAUGAUGCUGCAAAGAUGAUCGAGGCGUUCGCAAACCAUUUAAGCAGUCAUCUGGGCCGUCAUCUGUUCUACUGGGCAACAGUCGAUACGUCGAAGGCGCCAACUGGCCACGGCCUCAAUCUGCGUCUCUCCGAGCUCAUCAAUCGAUUUCACGGUCCCCUCGAGCGGGGCGUUCAGGUGCUCGAUCAUCUGUUGACCCUCGAAGAGGACGACUUUGCCGGCCAUUGGGGCAGCGCCUAUGCCCACAACUAUGAGCCGGAAUAUGCGGCACGUGUACCGGAAAACGAGGAACAGCCGCCGCCCGAACACCAACGCAACAUGGAGACGCUCAACAAUGGCAACGGACUCUUGCACUCGCCACCGCACAAUCACCAGCAGCAGCAGCAACAACAGCGCAACGCGGCACUCACCUCACCGGGAGCGGGUGCAGGUCCAGGUGCGGGUUCGGGCAGCGCCACCGAUCACAAUAUACAAAUCACACAGCCGAUAAGUGCACCAUCCUCGCCACUGGCCUCGCCGGGUGCGUUGAACGGGGGCAGCAACAGCGGCAGCAGUCCCACCACCUUCAGUCUGCCCUCCAGUUCGGCGGCAGCAGCGGCCAUUGCCUCAGCAGCGGCGGCAGCCAAUGCUGCGAAUGCAACCUCAACGCUCAGCAGCGGCAGCGGUUCGUAUGUUUGUGCAGCGGGCAGCAAUAGCAGCUAUGCCGCUGUGGGCGCCUCGAAUGCAAUCGACACCGCCGAUCCGAAUUGGCAGGCGAGCAAGGCAACUGUGUUGGAACGCAAUGCGGCCAUGUUCAACAACGAACUGUUGUCGGAUGUCAAGUUCAUUGUGGGCAGCGAGUUCGAUUUCGAUCCCAUUCAAACAAUACCCGCACACAAAUAUAUACUCGCCACGGGCAGCUCGGUGUUCUUUGCCAUGUUCUACGGCGGUCUGGCGGAGAACAAGCAGGAGAUCAAGGUGCCCGAUGUGGAGCCAACGGCAUUUUUAACAUUGCUUAGGUAUCUGUAUUGUGAUGAAAUCAAAUUGGAGCCUGAACACAUUUUGGCCACUUUGUAUGCAGCCAAGAAGUAUAUUGUGCCACAUUUGGCGCGCGCCUGUGUCAAUUAUCUCGAAGUUAAGUUGACGGCAAAAAACGCCUGCCUACUUCUCAGUCAAUCGCGUCUAUUCGAGGAGCCCGAACUGAUGCAACGUUGCUGGGAAGUGAUCGAUGCCCAGGCCGAGAUGGCGGUUAAGUCCGAAGAUUUCGUGGACAUUGACCUCAAAACGUUCGAGUCGAUAUUGUCGCGCGAGACGCUCAACUGCAAGGAGAUCCAUCUGUUCGAGGCUGCCCUCAAUUGGGCCAUGAAUGCCUGCGAGAAGAUGAGCAUCGAUGAGACGUCAACGAAUAAGCGGCGUGUGCUCGGCCAGGCGCUGCAUUUGAUACGCAUACCUACGAUGACGCUGGAGGAGUUUGCGAACGGUGUCGCCCAGACGGGCAUACUCACAUCUCAGGAGACAAUCGAUAUGUUCCUGCAUUUCACGGCCAAACAGAAGCCCAGCCUCAGCUUCCCAACGCGAACGCGUGCGGGUCUCAAAACCCAAGUCUGUCAUCGUUUUCAAUCGUGCGCCUAUCGCUCAAAUCAAUGGCGCUAUCGCGGUCGCUGCGAUUCCAUACAAUUCUCAGUGGAUCGUAGAAUUUUCAUUGUGGGCUUUGGCCUCUAUGGUUCGUCGACGGGUGCGGCCAACUACAAUGUGAAGAUUGAGCUGAAGCGUUUGGGUCGCACCCUUGCGGAGAACGAUACAAAGUUCUUUUCGGAUGGGUCGAGCAACACGUUCCACGUAUUCUUCGAGAAUCCCAUACAGAUUGAGCCCGAGUGCUGUUACACCGCCUCGGUCAUACUGGAUGGCAACGAGCUGAGCUUCUUUGGCCAGGAGGGUAUGUCCGAUGUGCUCAUGGGCAAUGUUACAUUCCAAUUCCAGUGUUCGUCGGAGAGUACCAACGGCACCGGCGUUCAGGGCGGCCAAAUACCCGAGCUAAUCUUCUAUGGACCAACGAACACAGUCACCGCCCUCAACUCGCCGACAAGCUCAAUAUGCGCCGCACCCAUCGGCGCAACAUCGGCUGCCACAAAUGGUGUCAGCAAUGGCGGAACAGCUACAAAUGCGACCAGCAAUCUUAACAAUGCUGCUGCUGCUGCGGAUGAGCUGCCUGUGGCUAGCACCGCGGCGAGCAGUGAUAGCAGCAACACCUGAUGCGCACAGCUUUACUGCGCCGAGUGGCAGGGUGCCUGCUACUAUCGCCAGCAGUCGCAACAGUCGCAGCAGCAGAAGAGACCAACACAAAUACAACAAACAACACAAAAUCGGAACUCAUGGGUUUUCAGUGCAACACAAACACAACAAGGCAAAUUGGAGUUUUAAAACGGAAAACAAGCGAUAUUAGCAUGAUAAUAUAUACAUACAUAAAUAUGUAGUUAAUAAAUAUAUACGCAUACAUAUAUAUAUACCAAUCGCGAUUAUAUAUUAGAGUGCUCUAGUUCUCGUAGUACAUAGUUAUACAUAUGUAUAUAUAUAUAUACAUUAAAAAAAACAUAUAUAUAUAUGUGUAUAGAGUCUGUUGGUAAAUGCAUACAAAAAUAUUUUAAACUCGAAUAUAUAUAUACCCAAAAAUAAAGGAAAACAACCUGAGACUUUGCACUGAGAUGGUAAUCGGAGAGGCAUCUUCAACAAGCAAAGUGAACAACGGGCAAUCAAUCAGACAAGCUAAUGAUGAUGAUAACUAAAUCUAUAUUCUAAACAAAAAUUGAAUGCGAAG